AUGAGCCAGUUCUCUGCAGCCGCCUCCGACGCGGCCUUCCUGAGCGGCGACACGCUGGUGGUCGUGGUGCCCAAGCUGCGGACGGCGCCGAUCCGAUUGCUCUGCGGGCGGGAGGUCGAGCUCACACCACCGGUCCCGCUCUGGGUGGCUGCGUACCUCAAGAAGCGCGACAAGUGUUUCAUCAAACUGCCCGAGUGGCUGGAGCCGGACAACCUGCAGGCCUCUCUCGCCGAGGAGCGCGACAACCCCGACCGCUUCUCGGCGUUGCCGCACCACUACGUCGAGAUUGCAAAGGAGCUGCUGCAGAUUGCGAGCGAAGACCUGCCCGAGGCCACCCGCUCCCUCUGUCACCGGCCGCACGCUUCCGCCAACAAAAUCCGUGGGCUGGUCGCAGACAUCGAGGACGUGCGGCGAACCAAGCUGCAGACGGGCUUGCGCAACCUCGACGCAGACACGACGCUGGCCCUCGACCACAUGCAGAAGGACGCCGCCGCGGCGCGGCAGGGCGGCGGGACAGCCGCGGCCGCAGGCGGAGACGCGUCUCAGACGGGGGCGGACGUGCGCGCGGACAACACCGGCCGGCUGCUGCGAGCGCUGCAGGGGCGCAGGUAG